AUGAACCACCUUCCGCAAGCUUGGGGCCGUCCCAGAGACGACGUAUACGGAGCCUACGACAACUCUCACUUCCAGACCGCUGGGCCAAAUCAACACACACAAAGUCCGAUUGUUACUGGUACCUCUGUUGUUGCAGCCAAGUUCAAGGACGGCGUGGUCAUUGCAUCAGAUAACUUGGCAUCAUAUGGCUCCCUCGCUCGAUUCACCGAUGUUAAGCGUCUCCGGAAAUUCAACGAGAAUGUAGUGGUUGGCUUUGGUGGCGACGUUUCAGACAUGCAAUAUCUCGACCGUCUACUCAACUCACUCGAUAUCCGUGAGAACUACGCCUCCGCCGACGACCCCCUCAAUGCGAAGAAUCUACACACAUACCUCGCCAAAGUCAUGUACAAGCGACGAUCCGACUUCAACCCGCUGUGGAAUCACCUCUUGAUUGCGGGUUUAGACGGGGAGGCAAAGCCAUUCCUUGCAAGCGCCGAUCUUCUCGGUACAACUUUCUCAUCACCCACACUUGCCACCGGAUUCGGCGCACAUCUGGCACAACCGAUAAUGAGGAGGACUAUUCCAGAUGAAGCGUCGGUUGAGAAAGUGAGCAAGGACGAGGCUGUGAAGUUGGUCAAGGAGUGCAUGAAGGUGCUUUUCUACAGGGAUGCUCGGAGUAUGGACAAAUACUCAAUUGCUGUCAUCACGAAGGAAGGUGUCGAGUUGAGUGAGGACGAGAAGCUCGAGAACCAGAGCUGGGCAUUCGCAGAGCAAAUUAGGGGCUAUGGUACGCAGACUGCGUAA